AUUGAUAAAGAUGCAUUAGACUCCCAGGUCAGGGACAGGAAAAUUCAAGAAGCAGCUGAAAAAGCACGACAUGAAGAACUUGCUAAUGAAAUGAAGCAAAAUGACCAGCUCGUGUGCAUGCUAGAAGAACGACAGAAGUAUGAGAUCAGAAACAUAAAUAAGGCCAUCUGUGAAUUUCAGAAGAAUUUUCAGAAGCCAGAAACGAGACGUGAGUUUGACCUGUAUGACCCCCAGGCCCUAAAGAAGGACAGACCUGCUCGACUCUCAGACAAUGACCCUCGAUGCACCCUGUCUGGCCUGCAGAAGUUCAUGGGGGAAGACCUGAACUAUGACCAGAGGGUGAAAUUUCAAAAGGAGCAGUUAAGAGAAUGGUCUCUUCAGCAACAGAGAGACUGGAAGAAUGCAUUAGCUGAGCAAAAAUAUGCAGAUUAUCUCUAUGACCAGAGCAGGAUUGAACUUGACCAAAAGGCUAUGGAGCAACAACGAAAAGAAGAAGAAAACAGACGUGCUGUUACUGCAGCUACUAAAGAUUUCAACAGAAGCCAGAGCAGGAUUGAACUUGACCAAAAGGCUAUGGAGCAACAACGAAAAGAAGAAGAAAACAGACGUGCUGUUACUGCAGCUACUAAAGAUUUCAACAGAAGCCAG